ACGUUCUGAGCUGAGUAACUGCUGGGGCUAUUUUUACUCCAGCUCAGAAAGCUUCCUUCUUGCUGCUGCCACCGCCACCGCCGUUCGUUGCAUACGCAGGGGCAAAGGAUGGGGAGACGAGCGCGGGAGGCAGCAGCGGCUCCACUCUGAGGCUUGUCAAGGCUCAGCGCACGCACACACACACGCAAAUCCUCAGCAAAAACGUUUGCUCUCACCUGUCUCCAAACCCAAAGCAAACCUCACGUCCAAGUGAACCGCCAACAAGAAGGGACCCAAGCAGAAUCUCACGUAAGGGAAGAAAUUCAAUGUCCACUAAAAACUUUUUGCUAAAAAGCAAGCGGGUGUAAGGAAGAAAAGGAGCAUUUUAAGAAAAUGACACCUUGAGGAAGAAGAUUUUGCUUUUGGAUUUUGUACCAAACUUUGGAAAAGUUGAAGGUUGGUUUUUUUCAAUGAUUAUUUUGUGCAUAUUUUUCUAAGAACACUGAGUCACUGUUACCUGUCUGUAAAGCCCUUUAUAUAUAUAUAUACACACAUAUUUUGAAAAGGAAUAAAAUCAAGAGGAAAACUAGCAUGUGGAUCACCUAGCAGAAGGCAACGCUGAAGCAUCCCUUGUGGCGAGGGGGAAUCGGGCUCCGGAUGCGUCUAAUUCCCACAGACUACAUUUUUCUUCCACCGGGCUUAUGAGAUAGCACAGAAGGAGCCAUCGAGCAUCACUUCAGUCUCCCCUCACCACCAUCACCUCCUCUUCCAAGGUCUCCUGCAACUCUCCCACCAGCAUCCCGACUCGGAGGGGCGAUGGGAACGCGCGGAGCCCUCGAUGCCUGAAGGCGGGCGGCUUCGGGGCUCUGUGCGGGAAGCGCUUCCCUCCCCGGGGCUCGCCGUCCAUGUGCCCGCAGCCUGCGGGGCCUGAAGUCGGGAUGAAUUUCGGCGUGGUCUUGGCGUUCAUCCUCUCCCUGCCCCUGGCCCGCCUGGAGGGGGACCCCAUACCCGAAGACAUCUAUGAGAUUUUGGGUGGCAGCUCAGUGCGCUCCAUCAGCGACCUUCAGCGUGCCCUGCGGAUAGACUCCGUAGAUGAGGAUACCUCGAGCCUGGACCUGAAUGCAACUCAGACUCGUGAAAACCGGGUGGUCUUGUCUCGUGAGCGACGAAGCCUCGAUGCCCUGGCAGAAGCAGAGCCAGCUGUUCUCGCAGAGUGCAAGACGCGGGCAGUGGUCUUUGAAAUCUCCCGCAACAUGGUGGACAGCACCAACGCCAACUUUGUGGUGUGGCCUCCCUGCGUGGAGGUGCAGCGCUGCUCCGGGUGUUGCAACAACCGCAAUGUGCAGUGUCGCCCCACACAGAUUCGUGUCCGGCAUGUCCAGGUGAACAAGAUCGAAUUUGUCCAGAGGAAGCCAAAAUUCAAAAAAGUCAUUGUGCCUUUGGAGGACCAUGUGCAGUGUCAGUGUGAAGCGGUGUCCCGUCAGCCUCCCAGGAACAGCCGGCCGGCACCACGGCCGGCACCACGUGAACAGAGACGCUUGUCGCCGUCGUUCACCACAGCUGCUGUCUCACAGAGGCAGCGAGUACGCCGGCUGCCGGUGCAGAAGAGGAAACAUAAGAAGUACAAGCAUGUCAACGAUAAGAAAGUGCUGAAAGAAAUCCUCGUAGCAUAGAAGUGCUGGGGAGGGAGAGAGAGCACAAGGCAGGUUUAUUUAAUAUAUUUGCUGUAUUGCCCCCAUGGGGUCCUUGGAGUGAUAACUUUUCCUCUUUGUCCGUCUGCCUCGACGUCUGAUUCAGACGGCAAUUGGUGCUUCCCUUUCCAUCAGUGGACCUUCUCCCACCAAAGCCUCUCCCUUCUUGCAUUUAUUAGCAUAAUUUUCAAGUUUUACACACACACACAAAAGACAAACAUGACAUAUAUAUAUAUGUAUAUGAGAGAAAAGAACAAAGUACAAAUGAAACCGUGAAGCCCGACAGCCACAACAUGCAAUGAAGACAGGACAAUGCCUUCCUUGCUCCAGAAGACAGGAUGGAAAAUGUGAAAAGGAAAGUGGGUCCAAUUUCUUCCAAGAGGAGAAGAAAAACAAACGGACAGAUUGCGAAAGGGGAGGAUUCUCCCUUUGCCUCAUGUUCCUGGUAAGGCUGGGGGGCCCAGCUAAGAUCAACACUUGCACUGGACCUACAUGUUGUAAACAGGCAAAUCUCAGAUUGCAAGCGGCGACCGAUGAUGGAAAUGCACUAAGGACUUUUAUCACCCUACCUGGACAGAUAUAUAUUUUUAACGUGCGUGUGUAUGUUUUAUUUUAAAAAAGAAAAACCAAAACCACUAAGAUAUACAACAUCUCGGGGAACAGAACAAAUCAAAACAAAGAAGCCAAAUGCAUUCCCCCCUCCCUUUCCCCUCCUGCUCCUGGUGCUGACUGGAAGGUGUUUGGAUCAUGGGGAAGGAGCAGACGGUGGCAGAAUCGUCUCCACGUCCUGGGCCCCUGCCAAAGGGAGCCAUCUUUGCACAUGCUGGUGGAGAAUUCAACGUUCCAGGCUUGGACUCAAAUUAUUUUUUAAAUUUGCUUUGUAUGUGUGCGCGUGUAUAUGUGUGUGUACAUAUAUAUAUAUAUAUACGUGUGCGUGCGUGCGUGUGUAUGUGUAUUUAUACAUACAUAUAUAAAUAUAUAUAUAUAUGUUCUUAAAUGGAUUGCAUUCCCUGGUGGCAGGAAGCUCAGAGGCACGUGCAUAGAUUGGCUUCAUUGGGUUGCAUUGGGUUGGCAGAAAAGCACGCUGUUACCGCAACGUGCCUGCAAAGUCUGAGACAGGACAGGCAGAGACAUCAUCUGAUCUCUCUCUUGCUGCCCUUUUCUCUCGCUCUCCACCAACCCUUCAGCACAACUUCCUUGCAGGAGGCAAAGUGGCACCACAACAGACCAACAACAGCCAAACUUAGAAGCAUGACUUUAUCUCAGUGAGCUGUCCUCGCCUGCUCUGUGGUUCUGAAAGCAGAAUCAUGUCAUUCCCUCGAGGUUUUUAACCACUUCACAGCUGUCCUGCACAUCACAUCCCGCUCUCUCCCUGCCAAUGUCCCUGCAUCUCCCAUCAUUUUCCCUCUCAAAUCACUUCUGGAUUUUUGCCCGUUAGAUGUUCUCAGCCAACCUAGCUUAGAAGCUGGUCCACUCCGUAGGCAGAUCUGUGUAGUUAUAGAGAAAGAAACAAGGAUGGUCUUUGCAGUUGGCAGCAGCCGUCUGAGAAUAAAAUGAGCUCUUCUAAGUGGGGAAGACUUGCAGAACAACUGGAUGGUCAGUUGUAGAGUCUCUCCUGGGCCAGUGCCUGCUCUGGAGCAGGGAGGAGCACUCUGCAGGCAGCGGCUAUUUCUGCACACCUAAUACUCAGUCACCAUCAGCAGAAAUGUAACAGAUUAUGGGAAUUUCCAGUGUUACCUCAUACUUCUGGUCUCAGAUUGUGCCGUACUGGGCACUACAGAGUUACACAUGAAGAAAGUGCCUGACCAGAGCUAGUGGGGCAGCUCUCCUUUUCCUCUCCUGCCUCUAGCCACUUCUGUCCUCACACACACCACAGUUGAGGGGUAAAGCCCCAGAGAGAGACAGGGGAAGGAUGCAAAGCUGCAACGUGGGAGCUGUUACAAGUAGUGGAUGGAUCCAGCCCUCACCUCCUGCAAGUCCAAAGCACUUCUCAUACUACUGCCUAGGCAGCAUGUUUCUCCCUCCAUCCCCAAGCCCUCAAGUCUUAAUAAGAUACUUUGUUUUCCUGUUCCAAAACCUGUUUCCUUUGGUUUGUAAAGAUGGUGAGGUUUUAUUUUAUUUUAAUUUUUUGAGGGGGGCUUUUUUUUUUUUAAAUGUAAGAUUAAUUUAUACUCAGUACUGUAUUUAAAGUU